CUCCCCCAGCAGGGGGCGGCACGUCCCCAACAUGGCAGCCCUGAUGGCAGCCACCAAAAUCAUGACGUAGUGCUCCUUUUGUGUGUCUUGUGAGCCUUUUGACACCGCCCCUCCAGCGGGUGUAGCGGCACGGGCAGAAAUCUGUCUGUUGGGUCUGCAAGCUGUAAACAAAUCUCUACAAACGCUGAAAUGGACGAUAAAGAGUUUCUAAAUAUCUGGAGCAGCUGUCCGUCCUGUCACCGCCGCUGACGGCCACCAUGUAGACGGACGCCUACGUUCUCCUUUCAGAGACCGAUGCGUGGUUUGUUUUUACACUAACUAGACCUGUCAGCGCUUCCGCCGGUGAUAACACAGGUACUGAACAUGGCAUCGCCUGCAGACCACGACCUGACUCUGUCCGAAGUGGACAGCAACAAGGAGAAGACCCAGGUGUUUGGCAUUUUAAGGCUGCAAGAGGAGAAAUCUGCUGUUGGAGAUAAAGCUAACAGUAGCAGCAGUGCCCGAGGAGGAGGAGACGGGCGAUGGCAGGCUCCUAUCUUUGCCUUGGCCAGGAAAGCAUCCGAGACCAUUUCAGGGAGCAUUCACGUCCUGCCCAAAGUGUCUGAGCACAGGACUUCUUUGCCAGGGGACUGGACCGUCCAAGCCAUGCGAGACCCCAUGGCCAUGGAGCGAGCCAACCUGCUGAACAUGGCCAAGCUAAGUAUCAAAGGCCUGAUCGAGUCUGCUCUGAGCUUUGGAAGAACACUGGACUCAGACUACCCUCCUCUGCAGCAGUUUUUUGUUGUCAUGGAGCACUGCCUCAAGCACGGCCUCCGAGUGAAGAAGUCCUUCCUGGGCUUCAGUAAGUCUCUGUGGGGUCCUUUGGAGCUGGUGGAAAAACUGUGCCCUGAAGCAGCAGAGAUCUCGGCCUCUGUACGAGACCUGCCAGGACUGAAGACUCCUUUAGGCCGGGCCAGAGCCUGGUUACGCCUCGCUCUAAUGCAGAAACGGCUCGCUGACUAUCUUCGUCUUCUCAUCACCAGAAAAGAUCUAUUAAGUGAUUUCUAUGAGAAUUCAGCGCUGAUGCUGGAGGAGGAGGGAGCCGUGAUCGUGGGCCUGCUGGUGGGCCUGAACGUCAUUGAUGCUAACCUGUGUGUCAAAGGCGAGGACCUGGACUCUCAGGUUGGGGUGAUCGACUUUUCCAUGUACUUGAAGAAUGACAUUGAUGAUUACAGAAGUGAAGAGAGGAACAGUCAGAUAGCAUCCAUCUUGGAUCAGAAGAACUAUGUGGAGGAGCUGAACAGGCAACUGAACUCCACAGUUCAUGGUCUUCAAGGCAGAGUGGACUCUUUAGAGAAGUCUAACUCUAAACUCAUAGAGGAGUUAGCCAUAGCCAAGAACAACAUCAUCAAACUGCAGGAGGAAAACCAGCAGCUGAGGAGUGAAAAUAGUAUCAUCCUGCUGAAGGCACAACAACAGUUAGAGGUAACACAGGGUGAUGUGUCUGUGGAGAGAGAUACAUACAGGCAGUCACGCCAGGGUUUGGACGAGAUGUACAACGAGGCUCGAAGGCAACUGAAGGAGGAGUGUCAGCUCAGACAGGAUGUGGAGAAUGAGUUGGUGGUCCAGGUGUCAAUGAAACAGGAGAUGGAGUUGGCUAUGAAACUUCUGGAGAAAGAUAUUCAUGAAAAACAGGAUACACUAAUCGGACUGAGACACCAACUGGAUGAAGUCAAAGCCAUCAAUGUAGAGAUGUACCAGAAGAUGCAGUCAUCUGAUGAGGAGAUGAAGAAGAAAAACAAUAUGAUCAGCCGUCUGGAGGAGAAGACCAAUCAGAUCACUGCCACCAUGAAGCAGCUGGAGCAGAGAUUACAGGAGGCAGAGAGGCACCGCAGCUUGGCCGAGGAGGGAACCAGACGCUUCAAGCUGGACUUUGCUAACAAGGCGGACAGCCUGCAGCGGCAGAUCGAACACAGAGAGAGGCAACUCCAGCAGCUGGAGACAGACCUGAAGAUAGAGAGGGAGUGGAGGCAGACAUUACAAAAUGAUCUGGACAGAGAGAGGGACACGGUGUCUCAGCUCAGCACAGAGGCUCUACAGAUCAAUGGGCUGAAAAAGGAGUUUCAUCGUCUUCAAGAUGAAAACAUUCAGCUGAAAUCCAUCUGUGAGGAUCAAGAACAGGCACUGGAGGAGCUGGGCUCCAAACUAAGCGAGUCCAAACUGAAGAUUGAAGACAUCAAAGAAGCAAACAAAGCCCUUCAGGGGGGUCAGGUUUGGCUGAAGGACAAAGAGGCCAGCCACUGUAAGCUGUGUGAAAAAGAGUUUUCCAUAUCGAGACGAAAGCACCAUUGUAGGAACUGUGGGGAGAUUUUCUGUAACAGCUGCUCAGACAACGAGCUCCCUCUCCCCGCCUCGCCAAAACCAGUCCGAGUCUGUGACACGUGCCAUGCCCUCCUCCUUCAGCGCUGCUCCUCCAAUCCAACGUGAAGGAGUUCAAUGCUUCUGUUAGUACUGCCUCAAACAAUCUGAGACCAGAUGCAUAAAAAUCCCCACCCUCAAAUCCUCUGUUAGAUCCAUGACUCAGCUCCUCUCAACAUGAUGUUUGCUGCUAGAAUCAGAACAUUUGCAUCAACAUUUAGAGCAUCAAACUUGCACAGACAAACAAUGAAGAGCAUCUGCAUCAUUCAUACCUCACUGUUGAAUGUGGCUUUUUUUUUUUACAUCAAGAGGCUGUUUGUUCACCAUAACAUUGGCCAAAUUGUCUUCACUUCAUGAGAGACAAAUUUCUGUUAUGAAAUCACAAGCAAUCACUACUGCUGAUAAUCAAACUCCAAUUUAAGAUUUCACCAUUGGUUUGCAGUGAAAUGCUGCACGGAACAAGCAAAGAGAGCCCCACAAAUAAUGGAUACACUUUAUAAAAUGCAAUGUACUCCCCAACUAAGUUGAGAAACAGUGAAGGACUUAAUUUCCAUUGUACAUCCAGGGUGCAGGGCACAGCAGGAACAAACAGCUGGACUGUUUGGCUGGUAAUGCACAUUUUCAGGAAGUUGUAGGCUUUGAGCUAUCUGACCUUUUAGUUUUCUGAGUAGUAGUCACAUUCAAACCCAGUCUCUUUAAAGCACAACUGUGGCUCAUAGACUGCAUAUAAAGAUGAAUAAAUACAUAAAGAUUAUGUAGAAGUACAAAUGAUGUGGACAUAUGUAUGUGACCUGCAGUACAUACUCAAACCAAUCAGUGUGUCAAGUUUUAAGUUUAAAGGGAGGGGAAAGUUCAGUUUUGAAACAAGGAACAACUUUGAAGUGAAACUGCACUGACUGAUGAGCACUACAGCUACAAUUUGGUCACUUUUCUUACACAGUCCUUUAGUCCUAUGAGGUACUGCUUUAUUAUAAAGUACUGUAGCCUUCAACUGUGUACUGGAAGCAAAACAGAUGAGAUGAAGUCAUGUAUACAUUCAGCACUGUGGCCUUGUUACUGUAACUGCACCUCUGAUGAAUGUGAGAUAGGCACAAAAAGUCAACCCUAUCAGAUGCUAAACUACAAUAUAUAUAAAGGUUAUAGUUAUGCAUUUUAAAUGUGAGUGGGAUAAAAAAGGUUUAGUGCUGAUGGAUUAUCCUAUGAUCAUGGGAAAGUUUUGUUUCAGCCAGAAUACAGACCAGAUAGUCACAUCUGUGCUCCUCACAGUUUAAUGUGCAAUCAAACUUUUCUGCAUCUAGUUCCCCUUUCAAGGGAAGUGAAAAUCUUUUGUUUGUUUUUCUGAGUGUUGGUGCCACUUGUGCCUGUGUUCAGGCAACAGUUAUUCCUGAAAUGUGCUUCUAAAGUUGCCAAAAUAAGUCCAACAUUUCUAGAGACAGUUCCUGCAGAGGGAAAGAGAUUGUAGCAACUGUAGCGUAUACUAGCCAUGGUGGCAGCCUAGAUUAAAGGCACAUUUAACUGUUUGUUGGAGACACUAAAGAAUCAAAAGGAGCAUCAGAUGUUUCAUCUGUUAGCUCUUCUGUUGAUGAACCACUGUUUUCUCACAACGUGACCACUUCACUGAAUGUGGUUUACAGCAGACUAUUAGUGUUACAAACUUCUGACACCACAAAGUAUGAACACUUAGAUUUCCUUUAACAUGAUGUAAAGAUACAUUUAAGAGUAUUUAUAUUUGAUUUUAUGUUUAAGCACAUUUUUUUCAGAAGUUCAGGAACUUGUUGAACUUGAAGUUAUUUGUGCAGAAGCAGACUAUAGAAAGAACCACAUUUUACUGCUGCUCAUUCCUAAGAGGGAAAGUUAAAACGUCUUGUCUUUGUCAAAGUAAUGCUGAUGACUGAUGCCUGCACAUUCUUCAUUGAUGGGUAAUGAUGCAAGUUCCACUGCACAUUCUGGUUUUGUACUUAAAUACAAUGUUUACAACCUGAACCUUUUUUAAGAACUGGAAUUAUUCAUUCCUACAGACAGAUCAGACUAGGGUUACUUUUAACCAGAAUUUGUCCUUUGUCCGAUAUUUUAAAAGCACGACUAAAGCAUAUCAUCAUUACUUUGUACUGAUGGAAAAAGCUUGAAAUGCAGCCAGGUCUGAAGUAUUUUGUACAGUGUCACUCUUGUAGUCCUUACCUUCACUGGGAGCUGUACAGUCUUGAUUGUAUGUUGUAAAUACACAAUGUUGAUAAUCACUGUGGCCCUUUAGUUAAAUAAGACCUGCCAGUUUAAUAUUAAAUCUAUUGCCAACAAUUUGUUGCCUUGGUUGUGUAGCAGUUUCUGAUUAAAUCAAGUUACAGAGAGAAUUUCAUACCUUUA